CUUUGUUAUUACUAGUGAAUCACCCGCAGUGAGGGGGCGGGUUAGGGUUAUACGUGUAGAUUACGCAGGCCUCAACAUUAUUAACACGUUGCUGCAGUGUGAUUCAUAGUGUUUCUUUACUAAAGGCUCUUGUUAUUAAGUACGUUCUGCUGAGGCUAAAUCGUUUGGAUUCGGUUAACUACUAGAGGCAUUUUGCAGUAACGUCGGCAGUGCCUGAGCAUUCCAGAUUCAACGCAAAAUUCAUUCGUGACCCACUCGUGCUUUUCCGGGACAAGCAUUCUUGGAGGUUACGGAAAGGGGCGAGUGUGACAAAUGCGCAAAAUUGUCUGUCUGGACCCUGGUUAACUGAAACCAUGACUUCCUUUUGAUUGUGUAUUAUUCGUUAAUCCGAUAACGGAACAAACCGAGUGGUUCUGAGUGACACUUCGAAGCGUCAUGGAAUCACCCGACAGAAGCGAAGACGUUAUGGUCAUGUCAAACAUACCUUUCUCAAGCAGGAGCGGGAGCGUCACACCCUAUACUUAUCUGUUCGGGCCUGAUCAAAGGGAUGGAGAAACACACAUCUCGGAGGAUGUUGUGGAUAUUGGCAUGGAGCCAUGUGAGUUUCCGAUAGAACGUAUUGCUGCAGAGCCGGAACACGAAGAACGGUUUACACCCAAAUUUGGAAAGUUGGAAGCAUUUUUUGGAUUUUUGGCGAUUGGAUUUUAUGUUUCCGAUGUGGGAACUGACAUAUGGAUGGCUGUGAAGUAUUUCAUGGGAGGCCAGUUGUUGCAUGGGUCUGUGACAGUAGUAUUAAUUGUUGUGCCAUCACUGGUGAUGUGUGGACUCGGUCUCACGUGGUAUGUCCUGGACUACCAGAAGGAACAGAUGGCACUGGUUGAAGCCAAACACGAUACAGAUCCCUGUAUGCUUGGACGAGUGAGAGAGUUGCUGACACCAGCUUAUCUAUGGCCUAUAAGGUUCACAGUGACACUUCUACAAUUUGGAAUGAUCAUAAGGAUUUCCGAGUAUUUAAACAGUGUUUUCAAGUUCAUGCAUACAAACACGAAGGAGAACGAGGAGAAGAAGGAGGGGCAUAAGAGGAAGAAGAUCUACUACUGGCGGGCCAUGUGCCAAGAUGUGAAUGUCUGUCUCCUGCAGCUGUUUGAGAGUUUCCUGGAGUCAGUUCCACAACUCACCUGGCAGCUCUAUGUGUGGAUCACACUGAAACCUGAGGAAGACGUGCUGGGAUUGACAUUACGGGCUGGAGGAGCACUCUCCUCCUGGAUGUCCACGACAAUGAACCUGAUGCUCUAUCACCGAUCUGUCAGGUGCUCCAGGGCUCGAGAUGGUUUCAAGCCAAUGACGUUUAGAUCCAUCCCCUUCUAUUUAAUAUGGCGGGCAAGUGAGUUGGGGACGCGCGUUCUUUGCAUUUCUCUGUUCGCAUCUUCCUUCCACGCGAGUGUGUUAGUCCCUGUAGGAAUCCAUUGGUUCCUCAUGUCUGUCUGGCUCAUGUGCCAGGGAACACAUUUCUACAAAAACAGUCCACGACUUGAUAAGCUUUUUGACGUCAUUUGUGGCUUUCCCAUGGUAUUUUGCUUCUUAAGCCUCAAAAAAGGUCAUUCAAGGUGUAGGGUUUUGUUAUUUUACAUUAUAUUUUACGUUGAAAAUGUUGCCAUGAUGACGGUCUGGUUUCUGCAUCCCACCAAUGUUGGAGAAUGGUUCCACGUUGGGGGCUUGAUUACUGUUGUGGUUUUGGCGUUUUUGAACAUACUGUUUUUACUGUUAUAUUACACGUGUUCCCAUCCAUCUGGUGGAAGCAUCAACUAUUGCCUGCCGUGGAGUGAGUUUACUUUUUACAAGCUUGUUUGUUAAUGAAGUGUGGCUCAUCUGAGGUGAGGUGAGGUGAAAUUGGAUGUAAC